AUUUAAGAAAAGCUUCUAAUUGAACUCAAUGUACAUUUCAGGUCCUUGUUGGAACUGGGUCCCGUAUUAUGAAUAUAAUUAGAAUAAAAACUUUGAAGGUUUAUGCCUUUGGGUUCUAUGUUCAUCCUUUUGAUGUCUGCCAGAAGUUGGGUCCAAAAUAUUCUUCUUUUCCCACGUAUGAACUGAACAACCAGCAUGAGUUUUACCAAGAUCUUUUGAGGGAGGAUAUCAACAUGACCGUUAGGCUUGUAGUUAGCUGCAAAUCCUGCAAUGGAAUCAAAAUUAAAAAUGUUAGAGAUUCUUUUGAGAAAUCCCUUCGAGCUUGACUGUUGAAGACAAAUCCUGAGACUGAUUUUCACUGCAUACAUACAUUUGGUUCAAUCUUCU